UAAUUAAACAAACUAACCAACCAUCAUUUCACCGCGUGCCGCCAUGCUAUUCUUCAUGCGUUCUCAUCUCAGACUCUAUUUAGAGUCUUCCACUCCGACUCACUGACACACACACACACACACACACUCAGCUCCAUGUCUCCUCGGCUCAUCGCCGAUCACCGCUGAGUUGCGCCGACCGGAAAAGAUAGAAUAACCCUAGGCGACUUCCAUCGACCGUAUGCUGUAUGGCGGCGACGGUGAGGAAGCUGGUGGUGGAGGUGGUGGAGGCGCGGAACCUGCUACCGAAGGACGGGACGGGCACGUCGAGCCCGUACGCGCGCGCCGACUUCGACGGCCAGCGCCGCAAGACGCGCACCGUGCCGCGGGACCUCAACCCGGCCUGGAACGAACCGCUCGAGUUCAACUUCCCAGGGCCCGGAUCCGGCGGCAUCGACCCCGUCGCCGGCGAGCCGCUCGAGGUGGCCAUCUUCCACGACGUGCGGGUGGCACCCACCCGUCGCAACAACUUCCUCGGCCGCGUCCGCCUCGACGCGCGCCAGUUCGUGCGCAAGGGCGAGGAGGCGCUCAUCUACUUCCCGCUAGAGAAGAAGAGCUUCCUCAGCUGGGUGCGCGGCGACAUCGGCCUCAAGGUCUACUACCUCGACGAGCCCCUCGCGCCGGAGCCUGACCCGCCUGCCGCUGAUCCUCCUGCGGCCGAUGUGGAGCCGCCCAAGGUUGAUGCGCCGCCGCCGGCUCCUGAUGCCUCACCUUCACCCGUGUGUGCGGACCCACCGCCAGAGGCAGAGGGGCCGGAGAAAGCACACGGAGCGCCACCAGCCGGCGACGAAGCCAACACGGAGAAGCCGCCAGAGGGUGACGGUGACCCGGCAGCGCCUACCCCGGCCACGGAAGAUGAGCCGGUACUGAGUUCGGAAGCGGUGCCAGUUUCCGAUUCAGCGGCGUCAGAGAGGCCGCCGGAGGAGGAGACCCCGCCACCGCCGCCGAUCCCGACGCCAAUGCCAAGGCAGGUGCCGGUGCCGCCGCGUCCGGCGCCGCCGCCACCGGAUGUGCCGAUGGAGCGAUCGAAGCACGACCUGGUGGACAAGAUGCCGUACCUGUUCGUCAGGGUUGUGCGUGCGCGAGGCCUGCCGGCGGGAGCGCACCCACACGUGCGCGUGGCCGCCGGCGGCCGGCACGCGUCCACCCGGGAGGCGCGCCGCGGCGCCUUCUUCGAGUGGGAUCAGACAUUCGCUUUCAAGCGCGAUCCGGCCAUCGACUCCCCGGGCCCCACGCUCGAGGUCUCUGUGUGGGACCUCCCUCCCGACGCCGAUGUGUCCAUCGCCGACGACCGCAGCUUCCUCGGCGGGCUCUGCUUCGACACCGCCGAUGUCCACGCGCGCGACCCGCCCGACGGGCCGCUCGCCACGCAAUGGUACAGGCUGGAAGGCGGGCGCCGCCUCGCCGGUGCCGACCUGAUGGUCGCCACGUGGGCUGGCACGCAGGCCGACGAGGCCUUCGGCGAGGCGUGGAAGGCGGACUCCCCGUCAGCGUCGUCGUUCUCGGCUGCCGUCGCGUCGCGCGCCAAGGUGUACGUCUCGCCAAAGCUCUGGCUCCUGCGCCUGACAGUCAUCGAGGCGCAGGACACGCUCACGGCGGCGCCGCCCCGCGACGCCGGCAUCGCGGUGCGCGGGACCCUGGGCUUCCAGUCCCUAAAGACCCGCACGACGCCGGUGAACCGCAACGGUGGGCCGGCGUGGAACGAGGACCUGGUGUUCGUCGCCGCCGAGCCGUUCAUCGACGAGGACUGCUUCGUCAUCUCCCUCGAGGUUCGCUACGGCAAGGAAGCUUUCCCCGUGGGGUCGGCCAGCAUCUCGCUCGCUGCCAUCGAGAGGCGGGUUGACGAUCGGAAGGUGGCGUCCAAGUGGCUCGACCUUCUCCCGUCCGACGAGGCCAUGAGAAAAGUGGGCAAGAGGGCGGCCAUGCACAUGCACGGCGGCCGGCUGCACGUGCGCGUGUGUCUCGACGGGGGCUACCACGUUGCCGACGAGCCGCAGUACGCGAGCAGCGACUUCCGGCCGUCGGCGCGGCAGCUGUGGCGCCCGCCAAUCGGCGCGCUGGAGCUUGGCAUCGUCGGGUGCAAAGGCCUCCUACCGAUGCGCACCGCCGACGGCAAGGGGUGCACGGACGCGUACGCCGUGGCCAAGUACGGCCCCAAGUGGGCGCGCACGCGCACCAUCUCCGACAGCUACGACCCGGCCUGGAACGAGCAGUACACGUGGCCCGUGUACGACCCGUGCACCGUGCUCACCGUCGGCGUCUUCGACGACCCGCUGCAGUCGCUUCCGCCGGACGAGGGGAAAGACGCCGCGUGUUCGCGACCGAUGGGGAAGGUGCGGAUACGGCUGUCCACGCUGGAGAACGGCCGCGUGUACCGCGGCACGUACCCGCUAAUCUUGAUGCUGCCCUCCGGCGCAAAGAGGAUGGGCGACGUCGAGCUGGCCGUCCGCUUCGCCACGUCCGGGACGGCGCUCGACGUGCUGCACAUGUACGGGCAGCCGGUGUUGCCGGCGAUGCACCACCUGCGGCCGAUCCCGUCCGUGAACCGCGAGGCGCUUCGGCUGGCCGCGGCGCGCAUCUCGGCCGGUCACCUGGCUCGCGCCGAGCCGCCGCUCCGGCGGGAGGUGGCGAUGUGGAUGCUGGACGCGGCGGAGCCCCGGGGAUUCAGCAUGCGGAAGCUGCGCGCCAACUGGAACCGCGCCGUGGCGGCGCUGUCGUGGGUGGCCGACGCGGCGCGGUGGGCAGAGGAUACCCGGUCGUGGCGGAACCCGACGGCCACGACCAUGGCGCACGCCGUGCUCGUGCUCCUGGCGUGGCACCCGGAUCUCAUCGUGCCGACGCUCACGCUCCACGUCGCCGCCGUCGGCGUGUGGAAGUACCGGCGCAGGCCGCGCGCCCCGGCGCCGCACCCGUGCGUGCGCGCGUCCAUGGCGGAGGCGCCUGACAGGGAGGAGCUGGACGAGGAGUUUGACACGAUACCGAGCGGGAGGUCGGCGGAGGUGGUGCGCGCGCGGUACGACCGCGCUAGGAUGGUCGGAGCGCGGCUGCAGGCCAUGGUCGGCGACGUGGCGACGCAGGCGGAGAGGCUGCAGGCGCUCGUGUCGUGGCGCGACCCGCGCGCCACAGGGAUGUUCGUGGUGCUCUGCGUCGUGGUGGCCAUGGUGCUGUACAUGGUGCCCAUGAAGGUGGUGGCAGUGGUCGCCGGGUUCUACUACCUCCGGCACCCCAUGUUCCGGGACCGGAUGCCGGCGCCAGUGAUCAACUUCUUCCGGCGGUUGCCUUCUAUGUCGGAACGUAUCAUGUAAGGCUAGCUCGUGUAGGAUCUGCCGAGCGGUGUGGGAGUCUGGGUCGCCAUGGACUGCAGUUCGAGUUGCACCUUGUAGUACUGGGUCGUUUUCCUUUUGUAGUACUCUCCCUCUGGUCCUUUUUAUUCUGCAUAUUAGAUUUCUGUCAAGUUAAA